AUGGGACAGAGCUGCUCCUUCCUCCUGCUCCUCUUCCUCCUUUCCCCGUGGCCCAGAGCCACCGUGGCACUCCUGAAGUACCGCUACGAAUGCGGAGAGUUGGGAAUGCAGCUCCUCGUCCUCCCGCCCCACGGCCGCUCCGUCCGCUUCAAGGUUCUGGAUGAGUUUGGCUCCCGCUUCGACGUGGCCAACUGCUCCAUCUGCCUCCACUGGCUGAAUUCCAGGGAGGACGGCUCCAUCACCUUCUCCUCCGGCUACAAGGGCUGCCACGUCCUGUUCAAGGAGAAUCGCUACGUCCUGCGGGUGCUGCUGGAGGAGCUGCUGUCCAGCGGGAUACCCGUCACCUCCUACGAGGUCAACAUGACCUGCCCCAAGUCAGGUGGCUCUGAGAUGCUCCCAGAUGGAAAGCGGGAGCAGGCCCGGGACAACGGGGUCCUGUUCUCUCACACUGGCCUGCACCAGGUCUCCGAGUCCUCCCUUACCCUUAUGGGAUCCCACUUCACAUCCCAAGAUCACCUGGAGCAGGUUCACACCGUGGGACAGUACGAGCCCAGCUCAGUGCUGCCUGGGAUCCAGCACCAUUCCAAUCCGGCUCACUCGGGGCUUCUGUCCCAGCCUGGUGGGGUUCAUCCUGUCACCCCAUUCCAUGGAAGCUUCAUCCACCCGGGAGUGCAGCCGCUCCAGCCUGGGGAGCAGAGCCAGCCAGGGAUCGUUCGCCCAGUGCUUGUAUCCCAAAACCAUGCCCCUUCCGUGCAUCCCGGUGGUCAGACCCAGUCGGGGCACCUGCGUCCAGGGUCUGUACCCCAAAACCAGCUUGGGAUGGUGCUUACUGGGGGACAAAACCGACCAGGGAUUCACCCAGGGUCUGUACCCCAAAACCAUUCUGGGGGUCAAAACCAACCAGGGCAUCUUCGUCCAGGAUCUGUAUUCCAAAACUCUCCUGGGGGUCAAAACCAACCAGGGCAACUUCAUCCAGGAUCUGUAUUCCAAAACCCUUCUGGGGGUCAAAACCAACCAGGGCAACUUCAUCCAGGAUCUGUAUUCCAAAACUCUCCUGGGGGUCAAAACCAACCAGGGCUUCGCCCUGGGCUUGCACCCCACAACAGGCCUGCCUUGCCUUCCGCUGGUGCCCAGACUCCCACGGGAUUCCUGCGCCCGGGAGCUCAGCCCCCAAAUCAGCUGGGAAUAUCUCGUCCCAGUGAUUACUCCAACUCCCACACUGGGCACCACGGCCAUCCCAGCCCGGCUUUGGUGCGCCCAGGACUCUCAUCCUGGCCAGGUUACAUCGGGCCCGGACCCCAGUCCCAGCCAGGCCUGGGACGCCCAGGGCUGCAGCCCCAGCCUGGAUUGCUCCUUCCUGGGAUUCACCCCCAGCCCAGCCUGCUGGAGUCCACAGCGCUCUUCUACCCCUCAGCAGGGGCAGGAAUGCAGCUGACACGGGAGCAGUGCCGGGUGCCAGUGGGCCGGAUGCCGUGUGUGGCUCCACAGGGACGGGAGGGAUGCCUGCAGGCUGGAUGCUGCUACGAUGAUAUGGACCGUACCACACCCUGCUAUUAUGGGAAUACCGCCACUGUGCAGUGCCUGCUGGAGGGGUACUUUGUCCUGGUGGUCCCACGGGGAAUGGUGGCCGCGCCGUACAACCCGGACAGCGUGCGGCUGGCCAGCAGCCAGGCGGGAUGUGAGCCCCUCCGCACAUCCGAGGCCUUCGUCAUGUUCCGUUUCCCGGUCACCCACUGCGGCACCACAGUCCAGGUGAUCGAGGACAGGCUGAUCUAUGAGAACCACCUGAUCUCCACCAUCGAUGUCCAGGGAUCCCCCCGUGGCUCCAUCACUCGGGACAGUGUCUACAUUCUCCACGCUCGGUGCAUCUACAACUCCAGUGACCUCCUUCCCUUGGGACUGGAGGUGGCCGCGCCCCCCACAGCCGCCCCCCUGAUCAUGCCGGGCCCGCUGGGGCUCCAGCUGCGGAUUGCCACCGACGAAUCCUACAGCUCCUACCACCCUGUGGGUGACUUCCCCCUGGUGAGGGUGCUCCGGGACCCCAUUUAUGUGGAAGUGCGGCUGCUCCAGAAGACGGAUCCCAAUUUGGUGCUGGUGCUGCACCACUGCUGGGCCUCCCCUGGCUCCCACGCCACAUCCCAGCCCCAGUGGCCCAUCCUGGUGGAUGGGUGUCCCUUCCAAGGGGACAACUACAGGACUCGGCUGAUUCCAAUGGGUCCGCCCUCUCCAGAGCUGCCCUUCCCGAGCCACUAUCAGCGCUUUGUCAUCUCUACCUUCACCUUUGUGGAGCCCCCUGGAAUGGCUGUGCUGGAGGGGGAGGUGUACAUCUCCUGCAGCGCUUCCGUGUGCCACCUGGCCCAGCCGGAGCCCUGCCGGCCCUCCUGCCAGCUGGGAGUGCCCUCACGAGCGCGGAGGUCUCUAGGGGACAGGAAGACAGGUGACGGCACGGGGACAGUCUCAUCCCAGGGAUGCAUUGUGUUUCCUGAGGUUCCCAAGAGACAGAGAACUCAGCAGAGAGGCUAA